AUGGCCUUUUUGCAUACUUCAAUUGCGAUGUUUGUCGCGCAUAUGAUCCUGCUGCUCGGCUUACCCGUCUCUUUGGUCGCAGCCGUUCCCUUGAAUGUUCCGAUCACGCCCGUCAGCCAUGUUUUGGCCACUACGGAGAAGACAUCUGCUGCGUCGACCUACUGGGUUGCCAAUGUUGACCGCCAGGGGACAGUGCCUUUCGUGAAGAGCGCCGACUACAAGAUCUUCCGCAAUGUUAUGGACUAUGGUGCUACUGGCGACGGCUCUACCGACGACACUGCUGCCAUUAACAAGGCAAUUUCCUCGGGUGGCCGUUGUGGAAAGGGCUGUGAUUCGUCCACCACGACUCCUGCUAUUGUUUACUUCCCACCUGGUACCUAUGUCGUCUCCAAGCCCAUUGUCCAGUACUACUACACCCAGAUCGUCGGUGACGCAGUUGAUCUGCCCGUUAUCAAGGCAUCUGCCAAGUUUACCGGUAUGGCCGUGAUCGACUCCGACCCUUACGAGGACGAUGGCUCCAACUGGUUCACCAACCAGAACAACUUCUUUCGCGCCAUUCGCAACUUGGUCAUUGAUCUCACUGCCAUGCCCCAAGGUUCUGGCGCCGGUAUUCACUGGCAGGUUGGUCAGGCCACCAGCUUGCAGAACAUCCGCUUCGAGAUGAUCAAGGGCGGCGGCGAAGCCAACAAGCAGCAGGGUAUCUUCAUGGACAAUGGUUCCGGUGGUUUCAUGUCUGACCUGACUUUCAACGGUGGUAACUACGGCAUGUUCCUCGGUAACCAGCAGUUCACUACCCGUAACUUGAAGUUCAAUGGCUGCCAGACUGCUAUCUUCAUGAACUGGAACUGGGCCUGGACCUUCAAGUCGGUCGAAAUCAACAACUGUGAGGUUGGAUUGAACAUGUCCACCUCUCCUACCAACCAGACUGUCGGCUCCGUUCUCAUGCUCGACAGCAAGCUCACCAACACCCCGAUUGGCAUCGUCACUGCAUGGACCCAGAAGAGUAUCCCCGUCGGUGGAGGUGAUCUCAUUUUGGACAACGUCGACUUUACUGGCUCCAAGACCGCCGUUGCUGGUGUCAACGGCAACAGCAUCUUGGCCGGUGGCUCUGUUAUCGAAAACUGGGUCCAGGGUAACACCUACACUCCUUCCAAGACUAUCAACAAGCGUGCCACAGAGGCCGAGCCCCAUGUGGUCACUGUUGUCGAGACUGUCGUACAGACUGUCAUGCAAACUGUCAACCUUUGCUCCGCUUCCCACGGCCUUCCUACUGCCAGCCAAUUGGCCAGCGACGCUCCCGCACCUGCCAGAACCGCGACUGCUGAAAGUGCAGCUGCUCCGUCGCCCAUUCCUGGUGUGAGUGGCACCACUACUGCCGCAAUCCCCGCUUCCAGCGGCUCCUCUGACCGCACUGCUGGUCUUCCCGAUCUUCCUGGCUUGGACACCGUUCUGUCCAUCCUGGGUGGAGCUUCUUCUGAGUCCUCUGAGGUUGAUGAGCCUACUCCUGCCCCUAUUCCCUCCAACCCGGUUGCUGUGACCUCCCAGGUUCCCGUCGUGCCGGCAUCCUCCAGUGUUGCUGUUCAACAGCCCGCCGUUCCUGUUACUUCCAGCGCAGUCCCCGCCCAGUCUACUGGCGCCAGCUCUGGUACCAGCAACGGAGCCGAGUCUGGCAGUGAUAGCACUGGUUCUGGAACCUGCGGUGCUGCAAAGGCUGUGACGUCUGCGCGCAGCCAGAGCACCUUCACUUCUAACAAGCCCAAGACCCUCUUGAAGGACGGCGCUGUCUUCGAACGCUCCAAGCCCCUGUACACCGACGUUGAAGCCUCCAACUUCAUCAGCGUCAAGUCUGCUGGUGCAAAGGGUGAUGGAAUUACCGACGAUACUGCGGCUAUUCAGAAGAUCUUCGACAGCUGGAAGGAUGGUCAGGUCAUCUAUUUCGACCACGGUGCCUACGUUAUCACUUCCACCAUCAAGGUUCCCAAGAACAUCCGCAUCACUGGUGAGAUCUGGCCCAUGCUCAUGGCGCAUGGUGAGAAGUUUGCCGACCAGGAGAAUCCCGUCCCUGUCUUCCAAAUCGGCCAGAAGGGCGAGUCUGGAAAUGUCGAGAUGAGCGACCUCAUCAUCACCACCAAGGGCGCUGCUCCCGGUGCUAUCCUCAUGGAAUGGAACGUGGCAGGUGCUUCCCAGGGCUCUGCCGGUAUGUGGGACGUCCACUUCCGUAUUGGUGGUGCCGCCGGCACCGAGCUCCAGAGUGACACCUGCCCCAAGACCCCUAAGGUCAAGACCACCCCCAAGAAAGAGUGUAUGGCCGCCUUCUUGCUCCUGCACGUAACCUCCAAGGGCAGCGCCUACCUCGAGAACACUUGGUUCUGGACCGCCGACCACGAGCUCGACCUCGACGACCACAACCAGAUCAACGUCUACACCGGCCGUGGUGUCCUCAUCGAGUCCCAGAACCCCGUCUGGCUGUGGGGAACUUCGUCCGAGCACCAUCAGUUGUACAACUACCAGGUCUCGAACGCCAAGAACGUCUUCAUGGGCCUCAUUCAGUCGGAGACUCCUUACUACCAAUCCAACCCCACCGCCCUGACACCCUACACACCCCAAGACUCUUGGAACGACCCCGACUUCGCAAACUGCACCACAGACUCAUGUCGCAAGUCCUGGGGUCUGCGCGUCCUCAGUUCCUCGGAUGUUUUCAUCUACGGCGCCGGUCUCUACAGCUUCUUCGAGAACUACGCCCAGUCGUGUCUGAACUCGGAGGAUUGCCAGGAGAAUAUGGUCGAGAUCGACUGUUCUGACAUCAAGCUUUACGGUCUCAGCACCAAGGCGUCCGUCAACAUGAUUACAUCUUCCCAGGGCAAGGCUUUGGUUCUCGAGAAGCCGAACAAGAGCAACUACUGCUCGACCAUCGCUCUCUUUGAACAGUCUUCCUAG